AGGAGAUAUAGGGGUGGUACAGCAACUUCGCGUCCACUCUAACUGCGCAUACUGCAUGAUGCACACGCUACUGGCUCUCCUGCUCUUCGUCGUGGUCUUCGUCGUCCCCAACCAGGUGAUUGCGGAGGACGGCGCAAAGGAAAGUGUUGAGAAGCGACAAGUGAGUGUUUUAGCUCGCGAUGGACAUUUGCCCUACCAAGGGAAGCGAUACGUAGGCGAGAAACAACCCGAGUCUAAGACACCGGAGUCUUCAUGGGAGUACGAUUCAUCGGCAGACCUCGACCCUUCAGUGUUCCUUGUCACCAACAAGAGAUAUGUGGGCGCCUUGGCAAAGACCGGUGAUUUGGCGAGGUACAAGCAGCAACAGGACAAACGAGAUGAAGUGGAUACGUUGAUAGAUGAACUUCUCACUGCUGAGGAGUUGCGGAGGAUCAGGCUGGAAGCGUUACGUGAGGAACUGCUGAGGCAAGGUGAAGAAGAGGAAGAUGAGAUUGAUGCUGAGAAACGCUCCCUCUCGUCUUUGGCUAGGUCUGGAAGUUUUCCACUGAGGGAGGACAAGAGGAGCAUUGCAUCCAUGGCCAGAGCUGGAUAUCUGAAAUCACCCGCGAGUUUUGCUCCUCUGGACGAGUAUGACAAAAGAGGUAUAGCCUCAAUAGCUCGAAACGGCCAGUUGUCAUCGUUCGGGAAAAGAGGAGGAAUAGCUUCAGUAAUGAGAAAUGGGUUCUCCUACCAGAAAAGAAACUUUGAUUCCUAUUUAGAUGAUUUAAUUUUAGACGAAUACGAUGCUGCAGACAAGAGGAAUGUUGCCUCACUCGCAAGGGCGUACAAUCUUCCUUCUAUGGGUAAAAGAAACAUAGCAGCUUUCGCAAGAAACGGCUGGCUGUCCGAUUUUGGACCAAAUUCCAAAAAGUCCACUGACGAUGAAUGGUACGAUAUGGAUGAAUCAAAAAGAAAUCUUCCGUCGUUAUUGAGAAAUAGAGUGUCUCCUUUGUCUGAAGGUAAACGGUAUUUGGGUGCUUUUGUUGCUAACAACCGAUUACCUUACACGAAGCAAAAAUAUGACGAUUCGAAGCGAAAUAUUGUUUCAAUGGCCAGAAACUGGAAUUUUCCCGACUCCUAUCGACUUGGUAAGAGAGACUGGUAUGAAGAUGUUAUCAGCAAUGAUGAUUUGGCCAAACGUUACGUGUCGUCACUUCUUAAACAAGGCCCUAUCCCCCUUUCCUCUGACAACGUAGAAUCUAACAGUGAUGAAAAUCAGAACUUUAAUAGUGACCAACAGUCAAAAGACGAGAAUACCGAAGACAUGGAGGAGAAAAGGCAUGUAGGAUCGUUUAUGGCUCAUAAGAGUUUCGCCAUGAGGAAGAAAAAGUCCAUUUCUCCCGAAGAUCAGUUUGGAGAACAAGCUCCCACUGUCAGCAGUCUUGCCAAGUCACGGUCGGAUGAGAACAAGAUGAACAACGAGAUUCAGAAAACCCAUCGACAGAAGAGAGAUGCUUUUGCAGAUUUUUCCGCAGCUUCCGAUGAAUAUCCCAUGCCAGUCAUGCAGAAUACAGACACGUCUGACUACGAGGAUGGCAAUUCCAGAUCAAGUUCUGAAGAACAGUCUACUAGAAAGAAGAGAUAUUUCGGCGCACUAGCUCGGAGCGGUUGGCUCCCCGCCAACCAUUACUACAAGGGUGCGGUGUCCAAACGACAUAUCGGGGCCCUCGCCAGACUCGGCUGGCUGCCGGCCUUCCGCAGUGUACGUGCGUACUCUCGCUUUGGCAGAGACACCCGCUCUCCCUGCAAACGUGCCAGUUCUCCGCCAAGCUUUGAGGGGAGGAGUGAGGGGUGGCGGGAAGAUCCCGGGUGGGAGACUUCCUCACGUGGGGAGAUCCCGGUCCAACAACCCGAACUCUGGACGCCGUCGCCACUAGACGGAGACCUAGAGGAGGCGGAGGACCUGCUGGAGGACGAGGAAGAGAUGGACCCUAUCAAGCGAUUCCUUCUGCUCCCCGCACUCGAUAAUAUCCUGCUGCGGAGACACCCCAUCAACUGGAUACACUAACCUUUUACAUUGCUAUCCUUGUAGUCAGACAUUGGCCUCAAAUAGUUUAGACAAUGUCUGAGCGAAAGAUAAUAUUUUUUGUAUGUUGCAUAGAGUUCCCAUCAGGCAUAUAUUUUAUAUUUAUUGUUUCUAAUGUAGAGUGCACUAAGGAACAGCUUUUACGUAUGAGAUUCACUUUAAUGUUGUUAACUCUAGGAUACGUUUGUCUUAUUAGACAUUUCGUUGCUUUGAAUAUAGUGAAAACAGUAUUCAGCAUUUUCCAAAGAUAAUUUUACCAAUAUUUAACGAUACUUUAUUUGUGGCUUUUAAAAUAAUUUAAUCUAUUGUCGAACAGAUUAAAAAUAUAAUAGUUUGUUUUUAAUUGUUAAUAGAUAAAUUAAUGUCAAAAUUAUUUUAAUAGUAAAAAUACAGUAACUAAAAAGUGUUUGCAGAUUUUAUUGUUGUUGUGAUUACUACAUUUAUAUAUGGUAAUGUUUUUACUUUAUGAGUUUUGUGCUAUUCUGCAAGAAUAUAAUGGAAAUACGAAACUGAACGACACCUGUUUCAGUAAUGCCCAUCCUUUUGUGAUGCUGCCCUAAGUACUUUAUAGUUCAUAGUCCACUUGCAUAAGGUAGUUAUAUUAACAAGUAAAGUCAGUGUUUGUAAAGACUUAAUUCUGGAACUUAAAAACCAUACAACACACCUGUCUUCCAAAUAUAUUUAUUAUUCUUGCUUAUCGUGUCACAUUUCUACUGAAACGAUAAUUUACAGCUUACUGUAGGUUUAGAGUCGUAGAUUAUUUAAAGGAAAAUACGGAUUUGAUCGUUGCUCCAAAAACAAUAUUGACAAUAAAAGCAGAUUGUGCGUCUAGUAGUUUCUUGACAAUAAUUAUAGAAUGGCAAAUUCAAUUUUCGGAAUCGAGAUAUUGCACGACUGAAUACCUCAAAAGGUGCUUUAUAAGAAGAGCUUAGUAAUCAGGCGGUAAUUUAAUGUCUUGAAAAUGUGUUUCCAUUUACUUGCUUCUGAUAUGCGAACUUCCCCAAAUAUUCCUCAUCCAUAUCAACAUCCCAUAUCCGAUAGUAAAAGAACAGAUUGUUAAGUUAGAACGAAGGGUCCUAAUGUAAAUUGACGUAUUUUAUAAAGAAGUAUACUAUGGUUGAUUUAAUAGAUGUUGUUUAUAUGUAUAUCUAUAUUUGUGACAUAUCUAUCUAUCUGUAUGUCGGUCUAUAAGCAAGACACACCUGUGGUAAUUGACAAUAACUCCACUGCACCGGUUAGAGGCUCAUGCACGUAGCCCCCCUCCCCCCUGUUUUAUAAUCCACUUCAGUUUCUCAAAGAUGUGUAUAUUUUUUAAACCCUUUUAAUCUCUAGGAAGGACUUUGGUGAGGUCUCGAACACGAAAUGAGGCAGUAGGUCAGAUUUUACUUCCUUUGAUACGGUAUUGGACUCAAAUUUAGAUUUGCAUGUAAAUGUUUUAAGAUUUUGUUAUCGUAGUAAGACAAUAUUGUAUGGAGUUAUACAAUAAAACUACUGUCCUUAA